AUGAUCCUCGGGGCAGCUGACAGCAUCAGCCCAUCACAGAACAAGUCAGACUCCAGGACUGCCUCAGACCCCCAGGAUUACACAAUGGAGAAUCCCAUCCGGUUGGGCGUGGCUGGACUAAUCCUCAUCGGGUUCAAGGUGCUGCUGUUUCAGGCUUUGAACAGGACUCCCCCCAAACCUACCAUCUGGGCUGAGCCAGGCCCCCCCAUACCCUGGAGUAUCCCUGUGACCAUCUGGUGUCAGGGGACCCUGAAGGCCCAGGAGUACUGUCUGUAUAGUGAAAAAAAUGAUACCUCCUUGGACACACAGAAACCACUGUGGGCAAGGGACAAAGCCAAGUUCUUCAUCAAGAAUACCCAGGCAGGGAGAUAUCAUUGUAAAUACCUCAGUCUUGCUUGCUGGUCAGAGCACAGUAACCCCCUGGAUCUGGUGGUGACAGGACUCUACUCCAGCAAAAUGAACCUCUCAGCCCUGCCCAGCCCUGUUGUGACCUCAGGAGGGAAUGUGACCCUCCAGUGUGUGUCACAGAUGCAAUUUGACAGGUUUGUUCUGACUAAAGAGGGAGAAGACAGGCUCUCAAAGACUCUGGACUCGCAGCGACACUCCAGUGGGCAGGUCCAGGCCUUGUUCACUGUGGGACCUGUGACCUCCAACCACAACUGGACUUUCAGAUGCUAUGGCUAUUACAGGAUCAGGCCCCUGGUGUGGUCUGACCCCAGUGAAUCCCUGGAGCUCCUGGUCUCAGGACCCUCUGGAGGCCCCGGCCUCCCACCCACAGGGCCCAUCCCCACAGCUGGUGUGUUCCUGAGAACUCUGCUCAGAAGGAGCACAGAGCAGCCCCAGGAAGUUCUGAUGGUCCAUUAG